GCUGAAGCUCCACAUUCGUGGCUUGAGCCCCCACCUGCGGCGGUGGGUUUAUCCUCCGAUCAAAUUGGAGCUCUGAAGCUCGGGCGGCCAGGGCCAUUCAAAGUCGUUCGACUCGGCCGACUACGGAUAUCGGGACACAGCGACAACCCUUCAAUGCGAUACCCCAAGCUCAAACGAAGAGCCCUGAACCGUUGAAACCACGUGGCUGAUCUCGCCCGACCUCCUCUUGCUCCCCGUAUGGCCGCGAUGGCCCUCGAAACACCAGAUCCCGGCCAGCCAGAGCGGCUGCCGAUUCCGUCUCGCAACCCGCUCCCGCUGUCAGCAUCGCAAGAAGCUCAGGUCCGCGACAUAUUCUACGCCCGUGUGAGGGACCACUGCGCGGAGGAGAUCAAGGCCUUCGCCGCCUGCGCCCUCAACCGCACCUUCACCGUGUCCUUUGCGUGCCGCCCGCAGCAGCGGCUGAUGAACUCGUGCAUGCAGGCGCACGCCACGCCGUCGGAGCAGGACGCCGCGCGCGAGGACUGGUUUGCGCAGCGGCAGGAGCGGCAGCGCGAGCGCGAGCGCAAGGCCCGCCGCAAGGCCGAGCAGGAGGCGUUCCUGCGCGAGUGGUGGGGCCUGCCCGAGCGGGACCGCGAGGAGAGGAGGAGGGAGGAGGAGGCGCUCGCGAGGGGGGAGAGGAUCGGUGGGUUUGCGAGCCGCGAGAGGAGGAGGGUCGGCGGGGGCGGGGCCGAGGGGGGGGAGGAGAGGAGGUGACGGGGAGGGCGGGACCUGGAAGAUAGGACAGUGGGAGAAGAGAUCUGAUGCAUUUUCUGGCGUUCGGAGCCAGGCUGGGAAGCCUUGCCUGGCCUUGGGGGGUUGAGGAUUACGCUACUCUGUACGAAAAUCGCUGAUGUUUGAUAAUACCUAGAUCAUGGCUGAGCGUGUGCGAGAAAGUCACUGUACCUGUCAAUCAAUUCAGAGUUUCUGUACUAUGUGUCGCACAAGGGGUAUUGUCGUAAUCCCCUCAGUCUCGUAGUCUUAAGACUCGACGUCGGGAGGGCAACGUCUGAUAACUUAUGUCCAAGAA